UUCUGUUUACAUCAUAACGACAGUUGCACACGAAUUAUGUCGGACGAACCAUUACAGUUCUUGCCCGUAGAAAGAUGGGGAGACCUACAGAGUGUCUUCAGAAAAGACUGGACAAGAGGAGUGUCUGCUUGUGCUGUAUUGGACACGCAAAGACGAUGGCUAGCCCAAGGGAUGGAGUCCAAUUUAAAAAUCUAUUGCCCCUAUGGCGAUAUGCAGAAUGGGAUGGUUGCGUUUAAUGAAAAGGAUUCAUAUUACGAAAUAAUAAUUCAGUGUCCGAGUGAUGACACGAGCAAAUUAGCAACUGCAUUGAAAACAACCAAACUGAUUGAUUGGAAGAAAUCUGUCAAGGUACCGUUUGCACCACAGAAUGUGAUAAACCUCAUCAAUGAAAUCAUGGAUGAUGUUAAUGUGGAGGUGGAAGAGGUGUUUCCCUACGACACUCAUAUCUUGGACACAACUGAACUGUACAAGGAUGUUAAGAUACCAGAAGGCGUAACCUUCAAACACUUGACAACCGAACAUCUAAACCUGAUCGACUCCACGUGGCCUUAUAACUACCCUUCAUCAGACACAUACUUCGAGUUCCUUAUCAACCUGAAGUACGGUUAUGGACUAUACCUGAACAACACUUUGAUAACUUGGGUCCUGAUUACUGAAGCUGGGACUUUGUUACACUUAUAUACUGUUGAAGAACACAGGAGAAAAGGGUAUGCUGAGGUGCUUUUGAAGCUGGUCAGCAAUGAUCUACUGAAGGAUGGGAGAGUCGUCAUUGCGUACUGUGUCCCUGAUAAUUAUAAUGCGAGCAAGCUGUAUACUAAGUCAGGUUUCGUAGCUGUUGAGGAUGUUACAUGGGUUUAUUUAAGAAGCAAAUAAACAUUUAUUUUUAAAA